AUGUUUGCAUCAUUACUCAUCAAAUCACAUAACUUUAGUUUCAGGACACCAAUCGCUUAUUCUGAUGCUGGAGUGUUGGCAGUUUCGGACGAUUACCUUUCCGGCAUUCGAACUUCACAGGAGAAAUAUUUCUAUUAUGACUCUCUAAAGUAUAGCCCAAAGGGUCAUAAUUUUGAACUUAAGCCAUUGUGGUCUGCUUUUGAAUUGAAGUCAUUUGCAAUGAUCUCAUUUAGGUCAUUCUUAAUGUUCUAUUUGCCUCUUUUGGAACCGCAUGCAAAUAUGGAACAAGAUUAUGAUAACUUUAUGCAAGACAAACAUGAUGAACUUCAUAGCAAAUUGAUUGUUCCUUUCAAAAAAUCACUAUUGCAAAUCGUCCGUGAGGUUACGGUUGUGACAACUAGACGCAUUUUAGAAAGACUUGCCUUCCAUUAUGCUUCAAAAAAAAUGGCAUGGAGACUUCUAAAAGAUGUUCCUGCAUCGGCUGUUCGAAAGGCGGGACGGGGAAUGCCAACUUAUGUUUACAUGCUUUCUGUGAGCAAAGCAACUCUUAGAGGACACACUAUUGGUGUUGCAGCAUCAUGGAUUGUUCAAGUAGGGGUCAGAGUAUUUCAAUUCUUUAAAACAAAGUCAAGAAAUGAUGAUGGUAGCAUUAACAAAGCUGAAAGAAACAAAAUUUUCAAAGAGAAAAUUUACAUAGCUACACUUAAGUGCAAUGCAUCUCUAGUUUUUGCAGCUAUUGGUGGAGGAAUUGGUGCUACUCUUUGUCGUCCUUCGGUUGGUCAAUGGAUUGGUUGUACGGUUGGUGAUUUGACUGGUCCAGUUAUUGUAGCAGUUGUUGCAAAUAGAGCUUUUGACUGGAACCUAUAG